AACCAUCUGCCAUCAACAACCUUACCGCUGGCUGCAUACGCCAUCGGGCCAGAUAUGCAGUUCCUGUGAUCCAGGAAGUGUGGAUGUCGCAUGUCUAUCAAGCGGCCGCAAUGAUGGACGCCCCCGAACAACAACCCCCGGUCUCCGAACCUCUGCGGUCGACCCCGGUCCCCAUUGCGCAGCUUUCUCCAACUCUGGAGAAUCUGUCCAACAGCUCCGUCCACGCCGUGGUAACCUUGCUAUGGCCCUACUCCUCGUCAACUCGCUCCCUCGGCCUCCUCCUCGCAGAGCCAGACUUUCGCCUUCGUCGCACUAACGGACAGGUCAAGGUGGUUUUUCAUGGGUCUGUCGCAGAAGAGGUAGCGAAGUCGCAGGUUGGCAUCGGCGAUAGUGUUUAUAUCGGGCUGGCCGGAUCGAGAUUUGUGGAAAACGAUACGACGAAACAGACUCCUGGAAGAUUUGUCGCGUGGGAUGUUCACUUCGAUAGCGGUGUUUUCAUUGAGAUUUGGCGUUCUUCGCAGCACCUCUCGACCGUGAAAGUAGACCGCCCUUUAUCCCCGCUGCCCGCUGCCGACGAUGCGACUGCGCCCCCAGCCACGCCUACUGUCAACAGCCACGCUGCCCUGGAUAGCCGAAAUCCGAACGGUGGUUUACAAUCAUGGCAAUCGCCGGCUUUUAUCGAGCGAUCGCGCCCCUCCCUUGGCCACCUGUCGAGCUCAUUAUUCGAUCCCUUCGCCGAGGAAGAUGGUUUUGUACUGGGCAAGGGAAGGAAACGACCGAGAUUUAGUAUGCGGGGCAGCGAUUGGCGUCUUGUCGAUGAACCCGCGAGCCCUGGCGAUACCGAUAUCCCAGGGGAUUGGACGGCUAUGUUCGACGACGAGGCAUGGCUCCGAUCAGAAAGCGGCGGUGAUGAUAUGGCCGACGAAGCUAGGCAGUCACCAGAGCCAUCUGAAACUCGCGACGCCGUAUCAAUCCCAGGGGGUUCUCCGGAUGGUGCCCAGGCUGCAGAUGUCACGACAGAACAAGUCACAGUGACACUUGAGCCUAGCGCAGGAAAACAAUUGGACGAAGUAAAAUCCGAUGCGCGGUUCCUCCUACCUCAAUCCAUUUCCAGGACUGAGUCUCCAGGGCAGAAAAGGAAUAAUGUACCCCAUUUUGCCGGCCAUCUUCCCAUAGACACUCCGCGCCUUCAUCCUAUACCUUCUCCCGGUCUUCCUGUUCCCUCACCUCUAGUGAGCACAUCCAACAGCCCACUUGGCUAUUUUGGAUCUGUGUCAGCUACCCCUCCCCCCCAAUCUACUCCACCAACAACUGCCAACCAGGAGGUCACGGGUCUGGCAAGUGAGGAUGUCUCAGAUAAACAACCAGAUCUUGCCGUGGGGCAAACGGAUGAGGGCGUAGCCACAACAGUCAACUCCGAACCUAUUGCUUUGUCUCAACCGGGCCCACAGGAGCACGGGAUAGACUCUCAACCGGAAAUUGCCCACCCCGUCUCCGUACACGAAACAGUUGCAGCGGAGAAGCAGGGGCCAGAAGAUGUGGAAGUGAGAGCUGAGCAAGUUGAGGAGACCGUUACUGAAAGAGCAGCCUCGGAUGUUGCUGAACCUGUCAGAGAUGAGAACAAAGUCGGCGAAGGGGCUAAGCCAGGUGAAAUUGAAAUAGCCGAUAUCGAAGAGGACGAGGAAAUGCUUGAAGCUGAAGAGUCGCCUAGACAGCGGGGCGGUAUCCACAUCUCCCAGGAGAAGGGAAUCCAUCACAGGGUGAAUGGCACAAGAGACGAAAAUUAUGAGUCAGAAAGUGCUAGUCAUAGCUCUGUCAUUGAAAGCUCCCGCCCCGGGGAUAUGAGCGAGGAUGAAGAUGCCACCGAGGAAGAUGUUGAACCUAGGUCUAAAUCAAGGUAUGACAUUGAACUUGUCUCCGACAGUGAAGCAGAAUCACCGGCAAAACCCCAUGACACUGUUAGGCGAGCACAUGAGUAUCAUAUUGAGGGCGAGGACGAGGACGAGGAUGAGGAUGAAGAGAUGGAAGACGAAGAGGAUAUAUCUGACGAAGACGGGUCCGACUCCGAGGAAUCAGAAGGCGCUUAUGACGAGGAUGGGUACGAUGACCGUGUUGAUUCCGAAUCCGAAUUCGAGUCAGAGUCGGAUGAAAUGGAAUCUCGAGCACAACAGCCCAUCAGGACCGUGGAGCCAGAAGUCAUUGUGUUGGAUAGUGACAGUGAUGACGAGCCUCCUCCCAGCAUUCAAAGGCGUCCCUUUGCAGCACAGGAACCCGUGCGUUCUCGUUCUGACCUAUCUCCAUCCGCGGAUGAGGCCUCUAGUUAUGGCACCUCCGAAUCUGGCGAUGACGAUGAAGUGGAAAUGGAAGGGGAGGAAGAUGACGACGAUGCGGAAGGAUAUUCCAGUGGCGCUGAGGGUGAAGAGUGGUCGGUCGAAGACGACCAAGAAGCGGAUGAGCGAGAAGUCGAGACGGUUGAUGUUGAAUCGAUCUACCAGAUCGAAUCUGAGCGAGAUGAAGAGUGGCACUCUGACAGAGUGCAGGCUCAUGAACGGAUAGCGGAUGCGCAAAGUGAUGGCGCAGUCAGUGAAAAGCACUUAGAGCCAGAACAAACAAGCGCUAGAGACCUGGAUGACGAGCAGCCGGACGAUGAAGAUGCUGAUGCUGAUGAAAUGGAAGUUGGAUCGGCUCGAGAUGAGCAUAUGCACGACGAGCAGAAAGAUCAGGAGCAGGUCGAGGAGAAGGUCGACAACACACAAAUCGAAGUGGAGCACAUAGAGGGCGAAGCUGCGGCUGAUCAUGGUCUCGAAGAUGCCGAAGCACAAUCACUCGUGGAAACCGACAGAGACGUUGCACCCGGAACAUCGCCCGGGGGCGAGCGGCCGAGCAUUGCCAUCGAUGAGCAACCAGGCUUUCAUGUCGGCGAUGAAGAAUCACGAACAGCAGAAGUGGUGACGCAGGAGCUAAUCCAUGAAGAGAUCAGAUAUAUUUCAGAUGACGCCCAUAUUGUUCAGCAGGCCGAUGCCAGCACCGAACCUAUCCUACGUUUCUCUGAACCCCCAAUUGAUCCCGAGCUUCUCAACGCGGGCACCUUUUCGUCAGAGGACCAGACAAGCAUGAGUCGACAACAUAGUGCAGAUACAUCUCAGGCUCAAACACAGGAAACCGAGAUCUCAGGUGUGCCGGAACAAGCACAACACAUUGAUCCUAGCUUGUCGCUAGGUGGUACUUCGCAAAGCCUGAGCCUGCCCAUCUCCGCUGCCGUUACCUCCGAUAUGCCAAUCUUGCCAUUAGAUCAGCUGGUGACUCCAGAGCCUUCUCAGAUAAUUGGUGUGGACAAGGAUGUUCCUUCAGUUCUUCCAGUAGAUGAAGCACCGCCUACCCCUGAGCCCACCCAAGAGAUCCUAGCAGUCCAGCAGGAGACCGAAACACCACCUACAAUUGAGCCGGUGGUGAACACGACUGCAACAGCAGAGGUUGACAAUCUUCCUCAGGAUGAAGACUCCGAUUCUGAAUCUGGAUCCGUCUCCACAGCUCUAGAAGAGCAGGAAUACGUGUCGGAGGAGGACGACAAGGGAGUUCAAACAACCCACAGCGAGGACGAAGUCUUGUUAGUCGGGGAUGACCGUGCUCGUCUAGUCAACCUAAACCGCAACUUUCCAGGCCUGCGCAGCAAACACUCAUACUUUUCGCCCCUCGCCACCCUCAUCGACCACUUCAACGCACUAACAGAUACCAUCUCCGUGGUAUCAGAAGUCCGUCCCGCCAUCCGGGCCACGUCGGGUAAAAAAGACUACAUCCUGACCUUCGGGCUGACCGAUCCCUCAUUGGCCGGCACCAUUCUCUAUGCCCAGAUCUUCCGGCCCUACAAAACAGCCCUUCCCUCCCUGGAAGAAGGCGACGCCAUCCUUCUUCGCAACUUCACCGUCAAGAGCUUCAAACACUCCAUGACCCUCGCAAGCGUCAACACCAGCGCCUGGGCCGUCUUCACCGCGUCCCAACCAGACGCCCACAUCGACGGCCCGCCCGUCGAAUACGGCCCCGAGGAACAAUCCUACGCCACCGACCUUCGCCAAUGGUACCAAGAAGACGGCAUGGCCAUGGUAGCCGACUACCAACUGCAAGCCUCCAUCGAACAAGAAAGCCGCGAAGCCACCCCCGCCGCAUUCAGCGACUCGGGGAGCGUAAACUCCAUUGGCGUCGACAGCCGCGCAGACUCAUCCUUCUCGAGUCGGGGCUCACGCCGUCGGAAAUCCCAUCGACGCAUCACCAUCCAUGAACUCCGAGAUGGAAGGAGAUAUGCUGAGGUUGGAUCCCCGACUAGCAAGGAGAGUAUACAUGAGCUGCGAGAUGGGACCGUGUAUGCGAAUUUCUGAGCGUCGCGUGAGUGGAAUGUGCAAAGGUAUUCCGACUCGGGGAGCCCUAUCUAUCUGGAUGAGUUAUGACUGGGGGGUUUACUUGGUAUUGGCAUUGGCAUUGGUAUAUGGGUGGCAUUAUUCCGCAGCGUUUGGUGCGAAUAGUACCAGUAAAUUUGAUAUGUGUUGAUCUCAUCAAGGAAUAAGGAAUUGAAAGACAAAACCAUAAAAAAACUAAAG